AUGAUUUCUGAAGAAUACGUAUAAGAACACUUAAAUGACUUUUUUAAUUUAGCAGAAAGGAAUAAUCUUGAAUUAACUUUUUUUGAAUAUGUGACAUGUUUAGCAUUAAAAUAUUUUAAUGAUAUGAAUCUUAAAUAUGUAUCAUGGGAAACUGGUUUAGGAGGAAGAAUGGAUUCAACAAAUAUAAUCAGUUCUCCUUUAAUAUCUAUCAUUACAACAAUAGGAUAUGAUCAUAUGCAUAUUCUUGGGAAUACACUGGAACUAAUUGCCAAAGAAAAGGCUGGAAUUAUUAAAUAAAAUUGUCCUGUUGUUAUAGGUCCAAAAAGUAAGCCAUAUGAAAUUUUUAUUAAAGAGGCAUAAUAAAAGAAUGCUGAUUUAACUAUAGUUUAAGGUGAAUUUUAAGAUUUUAAUGAUGAAAAUAAUGCAAUAGUAAUGGCUGCAUCUAAAAUUUUAAUGGAAAAAUAUUGUAAUAAUAUAAUUCAAAUUAGAAUUCAAAUUAAAUAACUUUGAAGAAGUUUUAAAAAUUAAAUAACCAUGUAGACUUGAGUAAUUCAAUAUCUAGAAUGAUAAGGGAGACAAUAUUAAAGUAUAUCUUGAUGUUGGUCAUAAUGAAUAAGCUAUUGUAAUUAAUAUAUUAUAAGAAAUAGAAAAGUGUCUUAGAUUUAUUAAAGGAUUAAAAGAUUAUUUGUAUAUAUGGAGCAUCUAAUGAUAAAGAUAUUACUUCAUGUUUAUAAUUGCUAAAAUAAAAUUGUCAUUAAGUGUAUAUGGUUUAAGCUAAGAAUAAUAGGGCAUAUUAAAUUAAAUAAUUGUUAGGUUCUGAUGAGAUUAAGAUUUUAUAUGAUGGUGAUAUAUCAAAAACUACUUUGGAAAUAGUGAAUAAAGUAUGUUAAAUUGAUUAGGUAAUAUUGGUGAUUGGAUCCUUUUAUAUUAUGGAUGAAGUAAGAAUGAUUUUAAAGAUUUGCUAAACAUAAUGUGAUUUUAAAUGA